GUAGUUCUGCUAUCACGUUCUCCCUCGCUUGCUCCAAAAUUCCGAUUUUAAACCACAUAAAUAAAACAACACAAUGCAAAUAAACAUUUACAAUAAUUUUAGUUCACCGUCAAGGGCUUUAAAACCCAGUUUAAACCAUGGUGUCAAUACGAGCGCGCAUGCUCAGUACUGCCUUUGUGUGGCUGACUUGCUAAGGUAGCAACCAACGGCUAGCCUUAAACAUUUAGACGACACAGAGGUAGCUAGCAGGUUAGCCGAACAGCUAAUCAUGGUGAAUGUAAAGAAGCGGAAAGGUCGGGUCGUGAUUGACUCUGACUCUGAAGACAGCGCCAGUGACGAUAACUUAGACCAGGAGCUUUUGUCUUUGGCGAAGAGGAAGAGAGUCGACUCAGGCGAGCAGGAGGAGCCCGUCAGCAAACCUGCAGCUUCUACAGACUCCGAGACCUCCGACAGUGACGAUGAGUGGACUGUGGGGGGAACCAAAGGAAAGAAGAAGGUUAAACCGGGGAAAGGGUCUGAGAAGAAGAACGCCACCAAGAAGAAGGUUAACAAAGCGACGGCGUCCGGCAGCUCUGAUGGAGACAGCUCCGCGGAGAGCUCUGCACCAGAGGAGGGCGAGGUGUCUGACUCUGAGAGCAACAGCUCCUCCUCCAGCUCCGACUCGGACUCCUCAGAGGACGAGGUAUUCAGGGACGGCUACGACGAUGACCUGAUGGGAGACGCCGAGGACCGAGCUCGCCUGGAGCAGAUGACGGAGAAGGAGAGGGAGCAGGAGCUGUUCAACAGAAUCGAAAAGAGAGAAGUGCUGAAGAGACGUUUUGAAAUCAAGAAGAAACUGAAGACGGCAAAGAAGAAGGAGAAAGAGGAGAAGAAGAAGAAGCAGGAGGAGGAGCAGGAAAAAAGGAAGCUAUCCCAGGUCCCAGACACACAAGUGGUCAUGUCCCACAACAAGGAGAGACGAUCCAAGCGGGAUGAGAAGCUUGACAAAAAGUCUCAGGCCAUGGAGGAGCUGAAGGCUGAGCGUGAGAAGAAGAAGAAUAAAACAGCUGAACUUCUCGCCAAGCGGCAGCCCCUAAAGACGAGCGAGGUGUACUCUGAUGACGAAGAAGAGGAGGAGGAAGACGACGACAAGUCGUCAGUGAAAAGCGACCGGAGUUCCCGCUCAUCGUCUUAUGAUGACGACGAAAAAGAAGAAACUCCGCCCAAGUCUCAGCCGGUCUCACUACCUGAUGAGCUCAACAGGAUCCGCCUGUCCAGACACAAGCUGGAGCGCUGGUGCCACAUGCCCUUCUUUGCGAAGACGGUGACGGGCUGCUUUGUGAGGAUAGGGAUCGGGAACAACAGCAGUAAACCAGUUUAUAGGGUUGCUGAAAUCGUGGACGUGGUAGAGACGGCGAAGAUUUACCAGCUCGGGACGACACGAACAAACAAAGGACUACAGUUAAGGCAUGGCGGCGACACACGGGUGUUCAGGCUGGAGUUUGUGUCAAAUCAGGAGUUCACAGAAAACGAGUUCAUGAAGUGGAAAGAAGCGAUGCUGGACGCUGUGAUGCAAGUACCGACUCUUGACGAAAUCACCAAAAAGGAGCAGUCCAUCAAAGAAGCUAUGAACUACAAGUUCAAUGACAAAGACAUAGAGGAUAUUGUUAAAGAGAAGGACAGAUUCCGAAAAGCACCGCCGAAUUACGCCAUGAAGAAAACACAGUUACUUAAAGAUAAGGCGAUGGCAGAAGAGAGCGGAGACGGUGACAAAGUCAAGGUGAUCCAGGAUGAGCUGAACGAGCUGGAGGAGAGAGCAGAAGCACUCGACAGACAGAGGACAAAGAGCAUCUCUGCUAUCAGCUACAUCAAUCAGAGGAACAGAAGCUGGAACAUCGUGGAAUCAGAGAAAGCUCUCGUGGCUGAAGGACAAAACUCCAAAAACCAACAAAUGGAUCCUUUCACACGAAGACAGUGCAAGCCCACCAUGGUGUCUAAUGCCAGAGACCCGUCAGUCCACGCAGCUAUCCUGGCCCACCUGAACCAGAAGUACGGCUCUGGAUCAGCAUCAGAUCUUGCAGGCGACAAGAACAAACUGGGUCAAGCAAACUCAAAAGACAAAGACCUCCCCAAGCCAACCACUGACCUCUCAGAGGACUUGUUCAAAGUUCAUGAUUUCGACGUUAAGAUUGACCUCCAGGUCCCCAACGCAGAGGCCAAGUCUCUGUCUGUAAGCUCCAACGCACUGCCGGUGAAGGACGGUGCCCCCCGCAGGUCCCUCAACCUGGAGGACUACAAGAAGAGGAGGGGGCUGAUCUGACGUGGGCAAGCCUGUCAUUCAGAAACCACACUGCAUAUGUAAUUGGCUGUGUGUGUGUGAGAGAGAGUGAGUGUGAGUGUGAGAGAGCAAGUGUGUGUGUGUGAGUGUGUGUGAAUGACUCCCAGAGGACGUGUGUUUGAAUGUUCAUACGACAGACUGUUUAUCCGAACACAGAGGAAAUACUGAUGGAGCAAAGAUUUUUUCUCAAAGGAUCUCUCAGAAGAAAUUUGUCCAGAUGUUUGUUUUUGUUUAUUUUUCAUCCUCACACACAAACUCGUACGUUGAGUUGUGUUUCUUUUUUAUGUAUUUAACUUCUUUACCCGCAAUUUUGGAUCUUCUGGAUUCCACUCCUCUAAUGUCUUUUUAUUUUUCUGAAAGGACACAGCGCUUGUGGAUUAUUACCUUGAACAAGGACACUAUCUUAGAAGACUUAGAUUGUUGAGGCAUUUUGAGACGACUGGACUGGAGCUCUGAUGGAGAUUACCAGCGUGUUCUUACAUGGAUGACUGUUGUAAAUCCCCCCACUCCCCCUGAAUCUGCGCAGUUUGCAGUCCAUCCUGAAUUUUAACAGCUUUGUGUUUUAUGGCAAAGUUUAGAUCUUGGACUCGUAUGUGCCGCCGGCCCCUCAUGACAAAUGUGAGAAGUUGAGCACACGCGGGGAAAGACAUUUGUCCCUUUUUAAGUCUUUGAAACAACUAAAUUCAAAAGGAACCUUUUCUAUGGCUGGCCUGGUUAUACAAGUGUUGCUUCAGUUCUGUUUUUCUCUUGGUUGUUUAUGGGAAAACAUUCCCCUCCCCUCGACUUCCAGAGCAGAUUCUUCGUGUUAUUGAUUGUGUCCAUAGUCAGUUCCUGUAUUGAUGUGGCAUGCCAUGUAAAUAUGCAUUUUGGAGUGAGUGCGGAAAAAAUAAAGAGGCACUGUUUCGUAA